AGUACAAAUAUUCUAUUGUGCGACUCGCAAGCCAUGAAAAGUGAUAUCAAUAUUAGCGGUGAGGGGCAUCAACAGCCUAGUGGCGCAAGAACGAACGUUUCGCGUGGGGGCAUUGUGACGAGGAUCCGGCCGAGAGGGUUCGUAUGCGGAACAUCAGUAAUGGAGGAGAGGUACAUAUCGGGAAGCUGUGAGUCUGCUAUUAGUAGGAUCCAUUUUCCCCUCGAACUCUUGGGAUUGGCGCUGCCCAAGUAUGUAAUGCUGCCGAACAAAAGCGAUGGCUACACCGGGUUUGAUAAAUUGAGCUGCAGCGUCCGAGCUACUCGGAUGUGA